AUGUCUGUCGUUGAUCCGCUCUGCUGUGGCUUUGUUAAAAUCGGAGCGUAUGUUAUUUUGACAAAAGACACGCCUUUAAAAAAACAAGAUAAUGAAAACAAAAAGGUAUAUAACGGACGUGUAUUCAAACACAAGUUCAACGAACUAAAAGAAAAAUAUAGUGAAUUGGUGACCGGAGUGGACUACAACACUUUUACACGCAACUUCCCUAAAAUCGUUGAAAAUGUACGAGGGUUAGCGAAACGUCAUACUGCUUUAAGAAAUAAGUUGCUAGAAUGCUUCUCGCUUAAAGCUUGGCUUAAUUUAUCAGUGGAGAAGAGAAAGACACACAGCCUUCAGAACUGUCUUGGUUGUCAAGAAAGUUUUAAACAGUUUUUGGCGUUAUUUCCCGCGAAAAAAAACUCGUUUAAAAUAAAAGCAGAGAGGAGUGGCUUAUUCAGGGAAAAGGAAAUGAAGAAUCGAAUGACAGAAGCUGUAAACGGACUUAAUGACGAAUUUGCAUCAAGAUUCGAGAGUUCGUUUACAUCCCAGUUUGAAACAAUGUUGCUGGAGAAAAAGGAGAGCGAUAAACGAUGUCUUUUGCGCACAGCGAAAAAAGAUAUUGAGCAUCAGUGGGCGGAAACAUCUGUUGAACGUGCUUAUGGAGUACCUAUCUCGUUACGAAACAGAGAUAAACUGCGGUUGCAUUUAAGCUUUGAAAGCAAAAUCGAUGCUGUAAAACGGACAAAUGACAAUGUCGCAAAAAUUACACAGGGCCUUAAAAGACCUCAUAGCCACACCGGACAGCUGGAAAACUUCGAGUGGAGCAAAAGCGAAUGUUUGGAAGAAAUCAACAAUUAUCCAGAAGGACAUCAGAUUAAUUUUAGCGAUUUAGCAAGACGACAUAAAUUAGUUAAUAGUAAUGGUAUUCAACCACAAAACUGUGGGCAAGUUUUAAAAGAACUGCUAAUUAACAAUGGAUGCAAUUUGACCAGGUUUCGAAACUGUGUAACAGCAAACCAACUUAGCACUGAAUUUACUAAAGUGAGAAGAAAAAAACGGAAACUGGACAUCCCUAACUUUAAGAACAUGUCCUUUCCCGUGGAAACAACAAACAAAGAAGUUAAUGAAAAACUAAAAGAUAAAAUAACCACAGGGGAAUACUCACUUGGAGAUCUGAUUGUGCCACAGUCAUUCACCAAAGCAAUUUUAAAAGAAGACAAGAUAAUACAUGAAACUGUUGAGGUUAGUGGACGGAAAAUGCCUUUAACAGAAAUAAGAAAAAACAUGUUGGAAAAGCAUUUGCCAUUUAUGCGACUAAGAUCUGAUAAGGAUUAUGAAAACAUGACACAAGAAGAAUUGAUUCUUAACUUAAAAAGAAUUAACGAGUUCAGUGAACAAAUGCCUUCAGAAGAGUAUGUACAUACCUUGAAGUGUUUUGAAAGGAGGCGUCAUUUGAUGUUUUGGCAUGAUGGGUCAUCUAUAGCUAGCCACAGCCAUGUCCUCAUGCUUGUUGCAUGUAUGUACGACCCUGCGUUAUUUCUCACAGAUGACGAGUAUAUGAAAAAUACUAAAACAAAAAUAAAUGUGCAAGCUGUGAUUGAAAAGCCGGAGUUUUACAUUUUGGCCAGAUGUCCUGCAACUGACCAGCAGCUUUUAUAUUCAAAUGAACGCUGCAAAGAUAUCAUAGAAAUGAGGAAAAGUGUUGGACAUGGUAUAACUGAUGUAAUGAGAUUUUUCAAGGGUGACAGUCCCGCAGCGGCAUUUGAAGUUGGGCAGCAAAAAGGUGGCAAUUUUUUUUGCCAUUCAUGCUCUGUACACGCUGAUUGUGUUAGCAGUCUUGUACAUACUUUUAAACAACAACAUCUGUCCUUGCAAGAUCGGGUCAGUCAUGCUUUAUCUUCUGUCGAAUCAUGUAAUAAACUUAAAAGUGGAGCAGUAAAGUUACACAAUGGAUUGAAGAAGCAUGAGCUGAUAAAUGAACUUCAUCAACGAAAAAUAAAGUUCUCCUGUGAUCUCCCUACAAAGGAGUUAAACAACUUGCUUCAAGAGGAAAUGCAUGGAAUUCAAAGGUUGCCAGCCCUCAUGUUUGGGAAGUCCCAUAGAUCUUUGAGUGAGCUCAACCUUGAGGGAUACGAGAUAUUAAAUAAUGAACCUUUGCGUGAUGUGUCAAACUACAUUAAAAAUAUCUACUGUGAGCUUCCACAUCAUGUAGGUGCAAAGAAGAAGACUUUAUUAGAAAUAAUUGAGGCUUCGUUUAAUAACAAGGAAGCAAAAAAUGCCUCUGAUUACAGAAGAAGCCUGCUGAUCGUAACAAAUUGGGCAUUAAAAAAUUUAGAAGGCCACUUUGCAUUGAAACUGCUGAUCUCACUUUCAAAGAUCCAGGAAAUAUUGUACUUGCCAGCAAAUAGAAGAAGUAUGCCAAGUAUUCUGCAUUUGAUAAUUGCAACACACCACCACGCCAUGUUGAUAAAACUCCAUAUCCGUGGUAAAUUAACAUCACUGACAAAGAGGAAAUUUUUUGGUGUGUAUUACCAUUCAAUUAUCAGACAUUCUGGCACACAGCUACGUCUUGUUUCUGGUCGUACAGCCAACACUGAAAAAGAAGAGGCUAGUUUUAAUCCCAUCAAGACCGUAACUAAACUUACAUCAAAUAACCAUCCAGAAAACAUCAUAUGUAAUGCCCUGAUCAGAAUGCAAGCCGCAAUAAAAUUAGGUGCAGGCCAAAAUGCAGUGAGCAAAGAUAAAUCAUUUGAGGAACUUUCCCAAAGAAUACAGAGACAUUCAACAGGUAGGUUCUAUAUUUUACCCAAUGUUCUAUCGAUAUUUUACGUUUUGACUUUAUACUUUGUUUUUUUCAUUUAAUAUAUAAAAAAGAUUAUGUUAUUUGUGCUCUGGUUACAUAGAACAGAACGUCCUUUCAAUCAACUAAUCAACUGCCAUGAAAUGAUGGUGAAAUUAAAAUUGACGUCGCCCUAAUUUUUAGAUUGCUAUGGCUGAAGUAUUUACAUUAAUGAAGAAAACAGCAAUAGUUCUAUUAUUUAUAAAAAAUAUAAAAUGCGUUUUUUUGCUUAAUAUUAUUGUGUAGUAUUUUUAUAACAGGGACCGUGAUACCAUUCUUUUGGAUAGAGAAAUAUCCAAAUGAUCAUGAAUGCUUUUUGAAAAGAAUAGCUGACUUUCUAUUGGAUUCACAUAAAUGGUGGGAAGAAACCAGUGAUGGAAUUAUAUUUAAAAGUGUUGAUUCUCUACCUGGUGACAGUUCCUUGAUUCUUCAUCAUUAUCGAUCGUCAACACUAAAAGAGGAAGAACAAUACCUUCAACGGUGUUCACAUUUAGCUCUUUCUUGCAGUACCUAGCAAUGUUGAUGCAAGCAAUUUAAAAUAAUAAAACAUUUUAAAACUUCAAGUGUCUUAAUUUUACUAUUUGGUGCUAAAUUAUAUUAUCAACAAUUUUUAUAAUACUUUGACAUUGUUUAACCUUUCAAAAAAAUUUACAAAGUUUAUUAACUGUCAAUUUCCUUUGUAUAUAUACCUAUUUUGAUUAUUACAAAUCUGAUGUCAAAAUAUUUCGCUUACAAUACUUUCUUUAUUUGCGUACAAAAACUAGAUGUAAGGUACAUAAAACUUUUUGAAAAUAAUGAAUAAGAAAUUACCAUGAACGAAGAAUCAUGGUAAUUUCUGCACACCCUUACCAUUGUGCAUAUAAUGGCUGAGAAUGUAUGUAUAUUUUAUAUGUGUAACUGUUAUACCUUUAGAUUGUGGGAAAAAUGCUUAGUUAAUAAGCAUUGUGUACCUGCGUUGAAAGUAACUGGAAAAGAUGACAAAAAGAUGGUACUGAAAAGUUUAAAAAGAUUUGAAAAUUACGUAGAAAGUCCAAUCACAACUCCAAAAGCUAACAAACACAAUACUACCACUACUAGCACUGAAAACAACUUAACACCAACCUCCUUAUUUCCGCCACAAGUUGCUUCAACACCACAUGCUGUUUCUGCAACCAAUUUAAAUACUCCCCUGCAUCAAUUAUCACCAAUUUAUAAGAAUGCUACCAAUAUC